UUGUUUACUUGCCGUUUUCACUGCAGACAGAUAACAGACUGAGUCUCUCCUUCAAUAACAUGGCUACAGAAAUCGAAAUAUUUUCGUAUUUCGAAGAAGUACACUAUGACCAAUACGAUUACUACAAUUUAAACGAAUAUCCAUGUCAUUAUGCUGGGAAAGGAAGAACUAAGAGAGAAAUUGGAUUGAACACUAAUCGCCAUUUGCCUGCAGGACACGAGCGAAAAAUUGCUGAAAAAUAUCGCAACAGCGAGCUGAAACGCAGAAGAACCAAAAGUUCUUCAUCUUGAAAUGUCUUACAGGUUUCGGGAAAUGAUUCAAACUCGAAUAUCGACGAUACUGAAUGUCCAACGUGUGUUUCGCCUUCUCUGACCAAGGAGUCAAGAUAACUUGAUUUGUGAUCUUGAUCCAGUUAGUGAACGGACUUCGAAAUGGCCAGGGAGGCCAUGAGAGCCAGAUCUUGUUACAAAAAUGUUCCCACUUCGAUACCUGUGAACUCUUCAGGUGUUCCAGUGUACUAUCGUGGGUUGAGUGGUUGUAUAGACUAGCAAACUAUACUAUAAUAAAGAGUUGUAUAAUAGCUAAAUAAAUAUGCUAUUUCUCAGAA